AUGUCGAAAUCAAUCAACCGGAUCAUCUCCGCACAUGAUGACGGGAUUAUAAAGCCAGUUGAGCUUUACCUUGAAGCCAUACGAAGCGGUGACACUACUCUUUUAAUCACUUGCUUCCGAGACACGGCAAAUAUUUAUGGACUUGGCGAUGGAGCUAUGCAAGAAGGCUCGAUCAAUAUUGCUGUUGACUACUUCAAAGCUCGAAAGCCACCUACCAAUGUUGUGGCCCAUUUGAGCGUGAUUGGGAGAACACCGACUACCGCAGUUGUCAAGUGUGAGUUUGACACUGAAACUCCGGCAUCUCAGAAUACAAACUUUUUUUCGCUUAUUAAGGUGGAUGAAAAGUGGGAAAUUGUUUCCGAAGUAUUCCAUGUAUAUACGUGA